AUGGUCUCUGCGCAAGUCACCAAUCUGGCCAUCAUCCUUGUGAUGAUGCAGCUGGCCAAGAAGGUUCCUUUCGAUGAUCCUCAGGUCUUGAUGGGAGUGCGUGCCAUGUACAUUCUCUCCAAUGUCCUCAUUCUCGGCCUUUACCUCUAUACUCAGGCCAAGAUCAACGCCAAGAAGGGUACGCUUGUGUCUCUAUUCCCCCACUCAUCUCCUCCACAAAGCGAUCGCAUGAGUGUCGGCUCCAAGGCUUUGCACUGCAAAAGUUUCACAAUAGUUUGGCUACGGUUGACUGAUUCUUCUUUUUGGGCAGACAUGACUACUCUGAAGUAUGUCGAGCCUGCGCCCAUGGGCACUGGCGAGGAGGCCAAGCCCGUCACCACCACCAACAUGGAUUACGACAAGGGCCAGCUGCGCCAGCUGAUCCGCAGUCAGUUGAUGGGCCUGGGUAUGAUGGCUGUGAUGCACCUGUACAUGAAGUACACCAACCCUCUGCUCAUUCAGUCGAUCAUUCCCUUGAAGGGUGCCUUUGAGUCCAACUUGGUCAAGAUUCACGUCUUCGGCAAGCCCGCUACUGGCGAUCUGGCCCGCCCCUUCAAGAGCGCCGGUGGUUUCAUGUCCCAGGGCCAGCCCAAGAGCGACAAGGCUUCCAUCGAGAGCGCCGAGAAGAACUACCGCGGUGGUGUCAAGGAGGAGUAG